CGUAUUAAGAGAUUAUCAAUGAUUAGAGUUGACACAGAAAAAAAAGCUGAAAUUGCUUUCAUUACUAUUCAGUAAAGCUGAUCUUUUAAGCCACUUGUGCUGAACAUUGAUACCACCCAGACCAUCAUUAAACUGAGAUAAAAUCAAAACUCAAAGUGACAUCAUAACAUGUUUCUAGAAUUCCAAAUCAAAAUGUCACGCUUUGAGGCUACAAAUGAAGAUAACAACGAUAACAAUCAAAAUCCUUGCUGUCGGAUUUGUUUUUCAUCACACCAAUAUUUGAUAUCAAUGCCUUGCAACUGUUCCGGUUCUGUUGGUUAUGUACAUAAACGAUGCUUUCAGAGAUGGUUGAAAAGCGUAAGGAAUUUUGAUACCUGCGAAAUCUGCCACGAAAGUUACGUAGAAAGCACAUUGAUUCCAAAAAGAAGCCUCAAGAAAUUAUUCAUGACAUUCUUCCAUCGACCUUUUUACGGACUUUGUAAAUUUUGCGUGAAUUUUACUCUCACUGCUGGAAUUGGUUACACUCUAAGCCUUAAGCUGCCUGUAAUCUUCAAUUUCCUGAAUUCCUUUGACGUCAACCAAGAAGCAACAAUCGUUCAAGGAGUUCUUUGGCCAAUGUUGACAACAAUUCCACUCUUUGCGUGUUAUUGUCUCUUCAUUGAACGAACAACAGCCAGUUGUCAUGAGCUUUUAUUACUCUUAAAUGAAUGGAGAUAUUACAAUAGAUGGAUAGCAUUUCAAGCAUUAGAAGAUAGCACUGAGAAUUUAAGAAAUUCGAAUAUCAUUGACUCAAGUGAAAGCAUCCAAGACAACGUCAUUCUCUCCACAUCUUCUUUUCCAGAAUAAAUAGAUUUUGCUGUGCAUAACAAAAAAAUAAAAGAAUAAUAAGAGAUUGCGAAGGAAGAGAAUAAAAUCUAAUAGGAAAAUAAAAAUAUGCUUUUAUGAAGCUUCAAAUCACACCCGAGAGAUUACAGUGAUGUUGGUUGUAAAAGAAUGAGAAAAUGGAGCAAAAACAGAAAAAGAAAGCUACUCUCAAUGCUCAUAAAUCUAAUUUCAUAACUUCACAAAAGCGAUAGCAACAAAUACAGCAACAAAAGAUUCUCGUAAAACUCUCGUUAUUUAACUGAAGCUCUAUAAAUAAAACUGCAGAAUCGUUAAAACCG